AUGAAGACACCACCCUCCUCCACCGGCCGUCAGCCGUCGACGACCUGGCUGCUGCUGACGGCGUGGCUGAUGCUGGCCUGCUGCCGCUGCUGCUGCGGCGCGGCCCAGGGGUCGCCUCGGCUCUCGAGGACGGAGGCUGUGCUGGACCUCCACCGGCUGGUCUCCGCCGCGGCUGAGGACUUCUGGCGGCUCGGCGCCGCCCCCAACGACUCCUCGUCGGCGGCGGCGGCGGCCCUGCUCGCCGCCUCCGAGCGCUGCCGCCGCCAGACGCUCGCCGUGCUGGAAGGACUGGCCUCGGCGGCUCCGUGGGCGGCCAAGAUGGCGGACUCCUGGGGGAGGGCGCCCGCCGGCAUGCUGGACGGCGCCGACCACAGCUUCGGCGACUUCGACGAGUGCGUGCGCGUCUCGGCGCCGCCCAUCAGCGGCCGGUACUGCCUGGUGGGCGUCACCCUCGCCCUCGGAGGAGGAGGAGGAGGGGACCACGACCACGGCGACACUCGACGACGCCUCUCCAACGGACCCGACGGCCGCGACCUGGCGGCGUCGAGGCGCAGCAGAGCGGACCGGCUCGAGCUGAAGGUCGGGGCGUGCGUGCCGUCCGGCUGUAGCCACGCAGACCUGGAGUCCGUCCUAGGUGGAGUCGUCCUCCCCCGGGCCCCGAGGGUUGCCGUCAAGGUCCCCGAGGAGGCGUGCCACGUCGGCGGCGCGUCGGCGCAGCUCCGGUCCCGGGACCUGGUGUUCCUGUUUUCUAUAGCUGCAUACUCCGUCAUAAUCAUCAUCGCGACAGCAUUCAGCCUCCUGAAAAGAUGCAGCGUUAAAGCAAGUCUGCCCGCCAAGGUUCUGCUGGCAUUCUCUCUGACCGAGAACCUGAGGAAGAUCGGGAAGUAUCAGCCCACGAACGAAGGACUCGACUGUCUUUUCGGCAUAAAGUUCAUCUUCAUGACAUUGAUCCUGAUGGGACACAGCAGCCUCUUCCAACUUGGAGGGCCCAUAGUAAACGAAGAGGAAAUGUACGAGUUGCAGAUGGCAAUCCACAUCGAUCCUUACAAUAACAACCAGCUCUUCGUUGACGGAUUCCUGCUCUUCGGAGGCUUCCUCAUGUGCCUGAUGAUGCUGCAAGAGCUAGACAAGAAGAAGACGAUAAAUUUUCCUCUUGCAAUCUUCUUGCGAUACUUUAGGCUGACCCCGGCCUACGGCGUGGUGGUGGCUUUCUACGCCACAGUGUUCUACCACGUGGGCUCCGGCCCGCUGUGGGACUCCAGGAUGGGACUGGAGCGGGACCGCUGUCUGACCUCAUGGUGGGCCAACCUCCUCUACGUCAACAACUACGUAGGCACCGGCAGCAUGUGCAUGUUCCAGUCGUGGUACGUGGCGGCGGACUUCCACAUGUUCCUCGCGGGACUGCCGCUGGUCUACGUCAUCUGGAGGUGGCCCGUCACCGGCUACACCUUGAUGGCGCUGGCGCUCCUGGCGUCCGUCGCCGCAAACUUCCUCAGCACUCUGCUCUACCGGCUCGACCCUCUGCUCAUGAUGUUCCGCCCAGAAAUGGAUGACAUCACGCUGAACCCGUACUUCGAGAACAUAUACAUCAAGAGCCACUUCAAGGCAACUCCUUACAUCGUCGGGAUAGUUCUUGGCUGCCUUGUGCACCGCUUUCGAACGAAAGGAAUAAAACUGAACAAGGCGGCGCUGUGGUCGGGCUGGGCCGCGGCUGGUGCCCUCGCGCUGUGCAGCAUGUUCUCGGCGUGCACGUUCUACCGCCGUGGCUACCGGUACCGCGCGCUCGAAGCCGCGCUGUUCGCCGCCUUCGACAAGCUGGGCUGGUCCGCCGCCGUCUCCUGGCUCAUCUUCGCCUGCGCCACCGGCCACGGAGGUACCUUAAAUAGACUCCUCUCCUACAAGUGGAUAGUUCCGUUCAGCCGAGUGACGUACAGCGCCUACCUUGUCAACGGCAUUGUGAUCCUCUACAACCUGGGGUCCACCAGGGCACCCACUUACGUCGACGAGUACCUCAUGACGCAGACCUCAGUAAUGUACUUGGUUAUGACCUACUCGGCCGGCCUGCUGCUAACCUUGACAUUCGAGUCGCCGCUCAACGCCCUUCAGAAGAUACUGCUGACAGGAAGAAGAGAAAAUUCGAAAGAAGAAAGGAAAAUAGAAAGCAGCUGAAUUCUCCGCCAUUCAAGAUUCACAAGAAUCGAAACUCCAAAAAUCUCCUAACAAACCUGCUUGCAAAGUGCUAAUUGAUUUUGCAAAUGA